AUCUUAAUGCGGUUCAUAGAAUACAUCCACUUACUAAGUUUGAACAGUACAGCUCUUAUAGUUUCGGAAAAAAGUGGCUGUGACAGAAUCGGACAGACAGACGGACAUGACGAAUCUAUAAGGGUUCCGUUUUUUGCCAUUUGGCUACGGAACCCUAAAAAGCUGUGUGUUUAUUUUUCAUAAUGCAUGUGUAUUGGAUUGACGAAAUUGCCAACUGUACGUGUUUUACCAAACCAAAACCUACUCGUUGGAUGGCAGUCAAAAAUAAGCGUUUUACUGAAAAAUACCUACCCCAAGUUUGAAGGGUAUUAGCUGAAGUACAUACUAAUUGUCGGAGAACUAAAUGCUGGUGAAAAAAUAAAGUUCUAAUAAAGAAGGUUCACACAAGGUUUUUCACAAUUCGGCCGAGUAUUUGCGUCUAACGACAUUCGCAAAGUAAACAAGUAGUAAGUACCUAUAUCAAGUUGCGAUAUAAAUUUUAAACUCAUUAUAUUACGUUUUGAAGGCUAUAAAACAAGCUUUAAAAUAAUGGCUAUCUUUAUUUAUUAAAACUUAAAUUAAUUACAUUUUAUCAGUCAAAAUAUAAAUGAUUGUGACAAAACUUACGACCUGACUAAGUAGAACUCGCGAGCCACAAGCAUUAGUAGAGAUUAGUAGUCAUAUCUCUUUUUGUGAAGCUUUGAUAUUGCCUGUAAUGGGUCCUCUACACGAUGGCUCAGCGUAGGCCAGUCCUAGGGACGCAUUUAUGCGUUAGAGGGAGCAAGUGAUAUUGCUAUCUCAUUUCACCGCAUAGCUGCGUCCCUUAGACUGGCAUACGCUGGGCCAUCGUGUAGAGGAUCCCUAAUGCUGCUUGUAAUAACUGCUGCUUGAUACACGCACGCAGUAAUAAAUAAUUGUACAGUGUAGUUAUUAAGUAUAGUUAUGUAUAAGAUAGUUAUAGUUCUAACACUUGGAUAAGAUUUACUAACACAAUGAUCCCCGAUGGUCUUAAAUAAAGAAAUAAUAAUGUAUUUCAGACAAUGGAUGCGGCUUAUAACGUGUGGUACGCGCUGGUCGUGGCGAGCGUGGCGGUCUCCGCUGCACGAGAGUACCCCGGCGAGCCUAUCACUCGCUUCAUGAAAGUCGGUUUCGUGAUGGACGUCGUUUCGUAUCUCCAUUACGUACCUAUUCCUCACCAGCACCACGUCAAAACCGCCUGCUACUUCAUACGUGUGCACCGACCUUUAAGGUUCAUCUGGACAACGGACAGAGACACGAUGAACAGCAGCCUCCUCGUGACCACACUCAAGUACAUCUACUACACGUUCCUUCUGCGGGUCGUGUGUGCGUACUUUUGGAUGUACCUCGUCGGCAUCAAGAUGAAUUUGGGUCAUCCCCCUGUAGACGCCCAGCGUCGGAUGAUGCAGCUAGUCAGCUUCGCUCUCGCCCAGACUGAUGACCACGACGAGCUGCCGGAGGGGAUGGAAAUGCUCUUUGCCAUGUACAUCGUUAACAAGAUUUUCAUACCGAUCGGGUAUAUCUUGAACCAUUUCAUAUCUUGAACGCUAAUAUUCUGGACUAUACAAUAAUGCAAUAAAACUAGAAUAUAUAAGAGGUUGGACACCACCUUUGCCUACUUGACAGUUUGCAGGAUAUGUAAAUAGGUUUUUUUGUCGUUAGCAUGUCGUCUUCAGCAGUCGGCAUCUGAGCAAUAUGUACCAUUACUAAGAUAGACCAGCUACACUACUAGAUAUAAGUUGGGUCAUUUUGAGGGGGGCGAUAUUCGGGCGUCGGGAAAAAUAUAUUUUCAUCACCCCAACGCGAGGAAAAUAUUUAGUAUGAAAUACCAAAAAAAAAUCAAAUCAAAGCCAAAUAAACGUCAUAAAGACAUUCAUAAUCAUCAUUUAAAAGUCAAUUCUACCAGCUAACAUAAGGAAAAGACUCAAAAUUUGCAUAUGAUUAUUUUGCCCCACAUGUGGAUAAAAUGCAACAUUCUCAUUAGUUUUUGAACAAUCAAGAGGGCCUUUACCAGCUGGUGUGGUGAAAAUAUCUUUAUAAUUAUCUAUAUUUUAGACGUAAUAAUAUUUUUAGCGAAUCCGAAUCUACAAGACCGACCUAUCUUAUCUAUACGGAUGUGAAGUCUGGUCACUCACUUUGAGGGAAGAAAGCUCUCAACUAGAGAUGCAACGAAUA